AUGCGUGGUGAGGAUGUGGGUUUGGCGGAUAUAGAGGGAGCCGAUUUGGCCAAGAUGGUAUUGAAAAAUAAUAUCACCUUAAUCGUCCUUCUUGGAUUUUCAAAUAUUCAAAAAUCUACAUUUCUGUUUUUCUCACUACUGUUUAUAAUAUACUGUUUGACCAUCUUAGGAAACCUUCUCAUCAUGGUCUUGUAUUUACUGAAUAAAUCCCUUCAGUCCCCCAUGUACUUCUUCAUUACACAGCUGUCAUUAUGUGACCUGAUGGUCACGAUGGAUAUUGUGCCCACCCUACUUCACACUGUACUGUAUGGAGAAAGUACUUUAUCUUUCAUUGGCUGCAUUUUCCAGUUUUGUGUCUUUGUCCCAUCUGAGUCGUCGGAAUGUCUUCUACUGUCAGUGAUGUCUUAUGAUCGUUAUCUGGCAAUCUGUAACCCUCUUCGGUAUAACUCCAUCAUGAACCAUAGGUUUUGUGUGACAUCAGUAAUAGUGACUUGGUUGGUUGGUUUUAUGGUGUUGUUGAUCGAUGUAAUUUAUAUGUAUGGUUUGCACUUCUGUGGACCACAUAUUAUUGACCAUUUCUACUGUGACUUGGAACCUAUACUGCAGCUCUCCUGCUCUGACACAUCCAAAUUUCAUAAACAGAUUCUUAUAACAGGAUCUUUGGUUCUUAUGGGACCUUUAAUAGUUAUUGUGAUGUCCUAUGUGUACAUUGUGAUCACCAUUCUGAAGAUCCCAUCCAACACCGGAAGACAUAAAGCCUUCUCCACCUGUAGCUCCCACCUCAUUGUAGUUUCCUUAUUUUAUGGAACAUUAAUAACUGCUUAUAUGUUUCCAACAAAAGGACAAUCAUUGAUUAUAAACAAGGCCUUGUCUCUGAUUUAUACUGUGCUAAUUCCAUUACUUAAUCCUAUUAUAUACACUCUGAGGAACAAAGACUUUAAAGGAGCUUUUCAUAAACUGAGGCUUAUUUCCUGA